AUGUUACUGAAUCGUUUGCUCGGAGUAAGGUCCUUCUCCAGAUGUAGUAAUCAAUUACAACAGACAUCCUCUUCCAUGAAAGCAGUUUCUGGUCGACUAAGAAUCAUACCUAAAUUACAAACGUUUUAUUCAGCAAACCCAAUGCAUGACAAUAACAUUAACCGUUUGGAAAGUUUAUUACGUAAAUACAUUAAGUUACCAAGUCAAAGUGCCCUAUUGAAGACUCACGGAGAUCCAAAUGCAAGAGCUGAUAUUAACACCCUAUUACAAUCACAAAAUGGAAGUCGUCCAUUGUGGAUGUCUUUCAAGGAUUAUACCAUCAUUGGUGGUGGUUCUCGUUUGAAACCAACUCAAUAUACUGAAUUGGUAUUCCUAUUGAACAAAUUGCAUAAUAUCGAUCCACAAUUAAUAAAUGAUGACAUCAAAGCAGAACUAGCUCGUUAUUACAAGCAUUCCUCUGCUGAGUUUGACAAAGUUAAAAUCCCUAAGCUGGACGAGUUUGGUAGAAGUGUUGGUAUAGGUAGAAGAAAAUCUGCUACAGCAAAAGUGUUUGUAGUUAGGGGUGAAGGGAAAGUCUUGGUUAAUAACAGACAAUUAAAUGACUAUUUUGUGAAAUUAAAGGAUAGAGAAGCUGUGAUGUACCCAUUGCAAGUCAUAAAUGCUAUCAGAAAUUACAAUGUUUUUGUAACUACUUCCGGAGGUGGCCCAACUGGUCAAGCAGAUGCCGCUGGCCUAGCAAUCGGUAAAGCAAUGAUCGCUUUCAACCCAUUGCUGAAGACAAGAUUACACAGAGCCGGUUGUCUAACUACAGACUACAGACGUGUGGAGAGAAAGAAACCAGGUAAGUUAAAAGCCAGAAAGUCACCAACAUGGGUCAAGAGAUAG